AUGUCGGACGACGGUCAGGAGCUUGUCACCAAGCCCUUCAAGUUUGUCACUGGCACUGAUGCUCGUUUCCCCAACAUGAACCAGACCAAGCACUGCUGGCAAAACUACGUCGACUACCACAAGUGCAUUAUCGCCAAGGGCGAGGACUUUGCGCCCUGCCGCCAGUUCUGGCUGUCUUACCGAUCCCUUUGCCCCUCCGGCUGGUACCAGCGUUGGGACGAGCAGCGCGAGGCUGGAAACUUCCCCGUCAAGCUCGACGCUUAA